UGAACAGUCUGGAGAAUUUGGGGAGCCCGCAGCAUCUGUUAAAGGGCUUCGGAUCGCUUCAUGCGGCCAAAGGUCGACCUUUGGUUGCUUCGAGCGCCUCCUUCCUCCCUCUAUAAAACCCCCACCAUUCGCUCAGUGCUAACACCUUGGAUCAAUAAUAUCUCCACCUAAUCCCUCGAGGUUCACUGCUUCUUUGGUUCAAGCUUCCAAAUUCUUGGAAAUUUUGCGAUAUUGGGUGUUGUUUCUGCUCUCAAAAUCUCAAUUUCUUCUGGACUUCGGAAACUUCUUUUUUUCCCUCCAUUAAAAUAUUUAUACGUUCGAUUAGUAUCAGUCAACCAAUUGGGGAGCUUUGGCAUACUCAGAAACUUGUGUCUUUUGAGAAGAAUGGUUCUGUUGUCCAGGGGUUGCAUCCUGUGGAAGUUAUGUUUGGUUUUGGAAACGCUUCGCGUUGAGAAAAGCUUCUACUUUUGGAUAUUCCAAAUUUUUACUAGGUACAAUAUUGGCACAUGAAUGCGAAUUUCAUGAUCUUAGCAUAGGCUUCUUUCUUUUUUCUUUUUUGUUUUUAAUUUCCCAGAUGUGCAUUCUUUCGGAGAGCUAGCUUCUUCUUCUGCUUCUUCCUUUUUCUCUUCUUUGGGGAAGAUUUUAGUUAUCUUUAGGUGUCAAAAUGAGUCCUAUGUCUCUGCCUCCCGGUUUCCGUUUCCAUCCCACAGAUGAUGAGUUGGUGGGAUAUUACUUGAAGAGGAAAGUGGACGGGCUUAAGAUUGAGCUUGAGGUUAUUCCGGUGAUUGAUUUAUAUAAGUUUGAGCCCUGGGAGUUGCCAGACAAAUCAUUCCUUCCAAAAAGAGACAGGGAGUGGUUUUUCUUUUGCCCACGAGAUCGUAAGUACCCCAAUGGUUCACGCACGAACAGAGCUACAGGAUCAGGCUAUUGGAAAGCCACUGGUAAAGAUAGAAAAAUUGUAUGCGAGCCUUCGGUGCAUGGACUCAGGAAAACCCUUGUUUUCUACCAUGGAAGGGCUCCUGGUGGAGAAAGAACUGAUUGGGUGAUGCACGAAUAUCGUCUUUGUGAAGAUCUUUCUCAAGGAGCUUUAAAUUUUGUGGGAGCUUUUGCUCUGUGCCGCAUAGUGAAAAGACAUGAUCAUGGGCAGAAGAUAGGUGAUCUUCAAGGAGAAUCCAAAGCUAAAAAAGUUUGCUCUUCUUCCAUGAUUGGCUUCAGCCAAAAAAGGUGCUUCAAUGAGGUUGGGAGUACCUCAGAAGAAAAUCAGUCCAUUAUGACAGAUAUGUUGACAAGAAGCAAUGGCUCAACUAGAAUCAGUUCUCCAGAAAAUAGGAGGGGAUCUGGGCUACAUCAAAUUUUGAUUGAUUCUGAUCAGAAAGACUUCUCAGAGUCACAUGUUUCAGAUGCCUCGAAGGUUUCUUCGCCAAAGGAAGAAAUAUCUGAAUCAGUGAUCGCAACUAUGUUCCCUAAUUCCAUAGAAAUAUGCGCACCAUGUCAUCUUUCUCCUAUGUCAUCCUAUACAAACUCCAGAGAGGAAGCUUCUAUGAUUGAUGAGCUUAAUGGUCAUGGAUGCUGUUCAUCUUUUCCAAGUUCUGCAUACUGCAUGGAUAUGUACAACAAUGUGGAAGACAUCACGUUCCCGAGCCUUGCGUGGGAUACACCAGAACUUAUGAGUGCAUCAUUCAGAGGAAUUGAAACCUGGAAUCCAAUGUUAUCCCCUUCAAUUUGUAGGCAAGCAAGCGAAGGAGAGGAAGCCAACCUGUGGUUGCAGGAAGACAGAUCUCUGAGGCAAUGCCUUUUAGUAUUUGCUCUCAGAUAUAUGAUAUAUCAUAACAGUUCCUGCAUCAACAUAUCAAGGAUCUGAUCUCCAGAACAACCUCUUUUAAGUCUGUGCCUGGAGACCUAUAAAUUAAAGUUUGUGAUUAUCUACAAGAUUAAGCCACCACUACCUUGAUGAGGUAAAAGAGAUAUGUAACAUGUAUAGUAAGGUUUGCUUGUAACUUCUAUUAUUGUAUCAACAACCAAGAGUGCUUUUAAGGUGUAGUGAGUACCACCAUGCGCUCUCUUAUGCAAGACAUGUUAAGUGAACUAUGUACUCUUGCUUCUCAUAUGUAAUAAUUUUGAGAAUAAAGAUGUGUACUGUAAA